UUAUCAUUGUUUGUAUUGAGUAUUUUACAGAAGUAGGAUAAGGGAAUGUGUAAUUUUUAACUUUAUUUGCUGACAUCUGCCGACUGCCGACUCAACUUCUGAAAUCCAUAUAUAUAUCCAGCAAAUAUUUCAAAAAUGGAAAAAAAAUUCUUUUAUGUACAAGCCGAUAAGGUGACUACACAAUGCGAAUCGAAGUGCGAUGCUCACGUAGAGAUGAUGUCUUCUGAUCGCUUGGAUGAAAGACAUUUGAAAGCGAACGAGGCGAAAGAAGAACAGGGUAAGGCAGAUGAGCAGCAAAACAAAACAGGACUUGAGCAUGUGGAUGAUGAUGAUUCAAUAAGCAAGGAGUUGGAUGAUCAAAGCGAUACUCACGUAGAGAUGAUGUCCUCUGAUCGUUUGGAUGAAAAACAUUUGCAAGCGAAAGAGGCGAAAGAAGAACAGGAUAAGUUAGAUGAGCAGCAAAACAAAAUAGGACUUGACCAUGUGGAUGAUGAUGAUGAUGAUUCAAUAAGCAAGGAGUUGGAAUGCCUCUGGGCAAGGAAACUGCAAGAAAUGCAAAAAACUGAUGCCGAGCCCACGCCAAAGCCCCUCCUCGCCAGAAGUAAGAGUAUGAAUGACUUGGCCUAUGCUGAUGCCGAUGCUGAUGCUGAACAAAGGACCAAUGACACCGACACUAAUCCAGAAGUGGUUGACGUUAUGCGCCAUGAUCAAAACACUGACGGGGUGGGCAUACCCCUUACCUCCGUGGAGGCGGUAACCCUGCAUAGUGGCGAUCCAUUGCAGCAAGACGGGGUGCAACCGGUCUCGGAGCUCGAUGAAGUUGCCAGUUUGGGCGGCACUACGGGUAGCCUUAAAUUGGGGCGAAGCUCAGGGGAGCCGAGCACCUAUGACCACAACAGCUUGCCCCAAGAAGAGACCCAAGAUAGUUCGCUACCAAAAGAGUCAUUUGAAUGCGUCGCCACGAAGAGCUCACAUUUGGUCACUGGCCAAUCAUUGAACAAUCCGGCGGAGGGUCAAAGCUGCAGCGUUCAUUCCUCACUGCCUACACUAAAGGACCCCUUGAAGCAGAGACGCAGCUUCAGACAUCAGUCCACACAAUGUUCAAUCUCUGCAAACUCUGAGAGCAAUGUACAACGACGUCGGCUAAAUUUUGAUCUUUUGAUGGAAUUCAAAUCCAAAUCCGAAUCGGCUCCGAAUCAGCCGGAGCCAUUGCCAGAAUUUCGAUUAAAUCGGGAGGCUGAAAAAUCCAGAAUUAAAUCAUACCUGGAAGCACGGCUGCGGGAGUAUACAGCCCGUCCCGCACAAGCCGAGCAUAUAGCACCAGCUUCGACUUCGACUUCGACUUCGACUUCGAGGUCACUGACGGAACUAUUUCGGUGCGAGGGAUGGCCCAACCUCCCUGCGUGUGAAUCUACAAGCACCCAUUGUCAAUCGAAUACUGCGCCAACAUCGCCUGAGCAUCAAACUAAAAUGUCCCAAGGAGUGUCGGCUAAAAUGUCGACCAAGCCAGUCAUUGUAGUGUGGACUCGGGGCCAGAAACCAUUCUCCACGGGCUCCUCCGAAGCUUCAGACACUGGACACUCGGCUGAUUCCUGCACAACCUGCCUUUCUUCAUCGGCGACUCAAGAGAACAGAUCACCUGUGGAGCCGCCAAGGGCAACCGAUGGGCUGCCACUGCAAGGCGAAGUGGCAUCCAAUGGGACAUCUAGCCUACCGGACACAAGCAGCUGUGCGUGUCGUUGUUGUGUCGUGUCCACCGAUUGUCGCUCUGCAGCCAGUUCACGGUGCACCGAGCCCGCUGGCUAUACGACACGUAGCUCAAGUUCGAGCGCUUCCUAUCAGACUGCAGCAUUGCCAGCUGAUGUCAUAUUACGCCAACAGGUAGAGCACUCUUCUAGUAUGCCAUCGACGACAGAAGAUGACCGCAAUGCGCAAGCCAUCGCGGAGGCACGUCCGGAAACUAGCUCAAUAGCAGCGAUUGUGGUAAUGGGACCGGUCAAACGGCGGGCACAGCCAACGGAAAGUGAUGAAGAACAGGAGCAGACAUUGGAGAAGCCACAGAAGCAAAAUCAAACGCUGACCUACCAGUCACAGUUCCCACCCAUAGACCAUCGUCCAACUUCGGUGGCUUGUGGCAAUUUUUCGAGCCGCACUAGUCUGUCUGAGUCAUAUCACACAGCACGGGAUCGCACACCAUCGCCUGGGGCCAGGUCAGAGUAUUUUUCAGCCAUACUUCUUGCUUCUCCCUCCAGCCAGUUGCCCACGGAACAGUCGCCGAACAGUGCCAGUAAGCCAAAGGAUCAGUCUUUGGAACCAGCACUGGCACUGGCUACCAAUCGCUCCAGCCAGACAGUGUUUCACUCAGCGCGUGAGCCCCAGACAGAUCUGGGGACAGAUUCUGUAGCCAAAUCUACAAUGAGAAUACGUGACGACAACACUGAAUAUUAUACAGCCAGCGAAAAUCCGUCCAUGAUGCCAUUAAACGGCCAUCAAGCGCAGUCGCCAGUGCUGGUUAAGUUGCAGAUCAGCCAAAGUACGCUGAUCCAUGAGGUAAUGCAUACGCACUAUCGGCCCAACAGACUGCAGGCCCUGGGCCCCGAGCUGGGGGAGAUCAGUGCCGCAACUGAGAACAACGGCAAGAGGGGCCAAGAACGCGACGACAACCCUCUGGCCAGUGAAGCCUCUAACAUUGACCAGAAAAAAAUCAAACAAGGUACAGACAUGAAGGAUGACAAAACGGCUACUGAAAGUGACAUGACUAUAAAGGGAGAGGAUAGCGAGACGGAAAUUAAUUACUUUCAGCCCAUGCCACUCAGUUCGGACGCUGACAUCAUCCAAGUGUGGCAAUCGAAUGUGCUGAUACGCAAGAGGCAAACCCCAUUGGAUGGCGGGCUCUACAGUCAGACGCAUCGAUUGCAGUUUCUGCCGAUAGACAUACUGCAUGCGGACACCGCCGGUGGGCCCAUUUUCGAGGGCGAUCAUGUCAAGUAUGCCAUGGAGCGUGCCAAAUACUUUGAGCAGGAAUUCGCAAAGCUUUCCGGGGACGAGAGAGUCGAGGAUCUGCUGCUGAGACUGCGACAAGUGCGAACCCUGCAGAACACGGCCGAAACGCACUACGAGCCACAUCUGAAGGCCACAAGUGCUGGCCAUGUCCCGAAGUCGCCCCGAAGUCACUCUGCUAAGGUCUUGCAGGUCAAAUAUUGCUGCCCCCUGGGCUUGGACGGCUGUUCGACGCUGCUCAAUGCGGAACUGCUGGCACACUUUUGGUGCACUCAUCUGAAAGAUCGCCUGAACCUGCAGCUCAAGGAGGUGUUCGAUGACGACAGCGUACUGAUUAUCUUCAAUCCCACGUCCUUUAGACUGGCCACGAACACCUGCAUGUCCAUGCUGGUGUAUGGCGGCAAGCAGGGCGAUGACUCCACGCUGCCGCUGAAGCGUUUCAUGCCGGUGGGCAAUGCAGGCCUGCCUGAGCCCUAUGCCCGCUAUGUGGGUCAUCUGCCCAUAAUCGUGAUGAUUUGCCGCAACAAAUUGAGUGCCGUCAAUGGUAACGAGAGCAAAGAUAAAGAUGAAGAUGAAGAUGAAGAUGUAUUCGCUUUGUGGGUGAUCACCAUGGACCUGCCACGGCCCGUGCAUGUGCUGAUGACCGUCUUCAAUCGCCGGCUCGACAUCAGUCGCAGCUGCAUCAUGUCGAUGCGUGGCCUGAGCAAGUCCCAUUGUUGUAAGAAUUUUGUCAACGCCAGCAAUAACUUUAUGCGCAUCUCCGAAAACGAUAUGAAGGUACUGAGCAAUGGCUUCACCGAACCAGUCUACGUGGAGGUCACCGUCAAGGAGUUCCCCUACUCCUGCUUCAUGCUCAUGACAACAGCACCCCUUCCCGAAGUAAACACACAAGCGGAUCUACAACCAAAAAAUUAAUGAUGAUACUUGGAACUCAAACAUAAAAGAAAAAAAAAGGAACAUUGUUUUGGAACAUUCUGGCUAAAAUUUCCACUUUUUGGCUAUUUUGUUCCAAAUUCAAAAGUAAAAGAAAUUCCUAAAAUUAUGUUUAUUUUGUUUCAAAUUUAUUAAAUGUAAAAACAAUACU